ACGAGGGUGGCUGGGCUCUGUGCUGCCCUGACGGACGCUUCUUUGCGUGAACUUAGUGAGCGUAAUGGGAAAAAUGUUAUUACGUUGUCAGGAAGUUUUGUUCCGGUGUUUUGUUUUAAGCCCCGUGGUACUGCUCGGGCAGAAAUGGAAGGAAGUGCUUAUGUUGAGGAGCCUCCCGUGUGAGCUGCCAAAGGGAAAGUGGAGUGUGAUAGAUGUGUAAACCUGAAUGCUGAGAACUGAGAGGACGCUUUUGUGCUCAGGGUAGAAGUACUUAAAGACUGGUAUUGAAGUGUGGGGAGCUACUAUAGCUCAAACAUCAGUUCAAGCCUGACAUUGUCAAAGUACAGACAAGCCUUUUUCAGUGCGUUUAACACAAUGCCUGUACUUGCCAUAGCAUCUGUGACUGGAGAAAAAAAAGCCCCACAAAUCUACCUGAAAUGGAAUCCUCUUUAAAAUGAGGGAUGCUAUCAUUCUGCCUGCUUCUGUCUCUGUUCGUACCAGUGCGUUGCCAGACUGGAAGAGCUGUUAAUCACACAGAUUCUGCUGACUUCAGCCUUCCUUGCAGCCAUAUGCUGCUCACAGAAAGCGAGGUGCUUAACGAGCUUCCAGUUGCACAUAUAAUAAACUGAAAACAAUCCUUUUGCUACUGUUUUUCUCAAGAUUCCCUUUGCCACAGAUUGAUACAAGUUUCUGUGCUGAGGGCUGGAGUUUCAAUUGCAAUCAUGCAGUUCAAGUCAACUUGUGUUUUGGUGUGUUGGUGCUCAUCUGUCAUCUUUAAGCUGAAUUUUAACAUUUCUACAAUAAUGGUUUGGUGUUGUGAGGAAACCAGCUAUACAGAGUAAAGUAGUUACAGCAUGACACCACUAUCCUAUGUUUUAACUGUUGUUCAGUUUGUUCUCUAGGGUUUGUUUUUCUUUUCUUGCUAUUGUUCAAGGCCUUCAUCAAACAGCUCUCUUCCUCCGAUUCUUGUUCUUUGUAGAGCUGCCACAUGAAGCUACAUUUGUAGGGGGCUGAAGGACUUGCCUGUUGUCAUCUGGUAAAGAAAAUAAAACCAUUGAAAAUCACACAUCUGGUUAGUGAGAGAGCCAGGAACAGAACAUGGGUUUUGUGAUCAUCAGUUCAGCAGAUUGCUCCCUAAAGAGAGGGAGGGCAGGGUCUACGUGUCCAUCUAUGCUCAUCUGACAAGAUGGUGUUUCAGAAACCACCCGAUGGUGGCUGGGGCUGGGUGAUUGUUAUCGUUUCCUUCUUUACUCAGUUCUUGUGUUACGGAUCACCGCUGGCGGUGGGAGUCUUGUAUUUGGAAUGGUUGGAUGCUUUUGGAGAAGGCAAAGGCAAGACUGCUUGGGUUGGAUCACUGGCAAAUGGAAUCGGAUUGCUUGCCAGUCCUGUGUGCAGCAUAUGUGUAUCAUCCUUUGGAGCAAGACCAGUAGCAAUCUUCAGUGGCUUUAUGGUGGCUGGUGGCCUCAUGAUGAGCAGUUUUGCACCAAACAUAUACUUUCUCUAUCUUUCAUAUGGGAUUGUUGUUGGACUCGGAUGUGGCCUUCUGUAUACUGCAACAGUUACCAUCACUUGCCAGUAUUUUGACAAACGCAGAGGCCUUGCACUUGGUCUGAUUUCAACAGGCUCAAGUGUUGGACUCUUUAUAUAUGCAGCAUUACAAAGAGAGCUUAUUGAGCUGUACGGACUGGAUGGUUGCCUGCUAAUAGUUGGUGCACUCUCUCUAAAUAUAUUAGCAUGUGGCAGCUUAAUGAGACCAUUGGAGUCAUCUGAUUCCCCUUCAACAGAAAAAGCACAUAUAGACAAAGUCCCAGAUCAAUACUUUGUUUACCAUGAAAAAGAAAAAACUGUAGAAGAAAAUAUAAGCAUCCUUGAAAAGGGCUACACUGAUGAGAAAUGCACAAACAAUGUGCCUGACUACAAACAAGAUAAUAUUUUAAAUAAGAAUGUAUUAAGCUCAAUAAAUGUAAAUGAGAAAGACACUUAUAAAAAGAAAGUUGUGGAACAGACAAACUUCUGCAAGCAACUAGCUAAAAGAAAAUGGCAGCUCUAUUUGAACUACUGGGAGGAAACUGUGGUUCUUUUUAAGAACAGAGUAUUUUCAGCUCUCUUUUUUGCCAUUUUGCUCUUUGAUAUUGGUGGAUUUCCUCCUUCUCUGCUCAUGGAAGAUAUAGCAAGAAGUGCAAACAUCAAUGAAGAAGACUAUCAUAUGCCCCUUGUUUCCAUUAUAGGCAUUAUGACUGCUAUUGGCAAACUUAUUUUAGGAAUACUGGCAGAUUUUAAGUGGGUUAACACAUUGUAUCUAUAUGUACUUACAUUACUAAUGAUGGGAGCAGCCUUGCUUGCAAUUCCAUUUGCCAGAAGUUACUUCACAUUAGCAGUGCUUUCUGGGAUUCUGGGUUUUCUGACUGGGAAUUGGUCAAUUUUUCCAUAUGUAACAACAAAGACUGUGGGAAUUGAGAAACUGACUCAUGCUUAUGGGAUACUGAUGUUCUUUGCUGGACUUGGAAACAGCCUCGGACCACCAAUUGUAGGUUGGUUUUAUGACUGGACGCAGGAGUAUGACUCUGCAUUCUAUUUCAGUGGCUUUUGUGUUUUACUGGGAGGAUUUCUUCUGCUGUUGGCAGCGUUACCCUGCUGGAAUGCCUGUACCAGUCAGAGCUCAAAGCUGCCUCCAAAUACUUACUCCUACAAAGUUGCAUCUAGUGCUUAGGUGACAACUGGAAAACACUACUUUAUGCCUUUUUUAUAUAUUAUAUAGCAAAGGAUUUUAGUAAUUUUUCACUUAUUUAUGAAGUCCAAAAAUCCUUAUCCACUAGAAAAAUUAUAUUGCUGUUUAUAUUCAGCUUUUUUUUCCUUUUUUUUAUCCUUUUCCCAUCCCCUUUUUUUAAGAACAAUAUUAUCUUAUAAAAUCUUAUUUUGUCUACUGUGCACUGUGUUUUCUGCCUUUGUCUACUGCAAUUUCCUCUCAGCCUGUAAUGGAUAUAUUGUGCUGUAUUAUUGGCUGUACUGUUUUUGUUGUUGUUGUUUUUUAAGGGAUAGGGAGUGUGGAGGGUUGAAGACAUUGAAGCAAAAAUGAAGGCCUAUUUCUUAUUGGAGAAGACUGGCAUUUCUGUCACCAUUUAUAGGUCUCCAAGAUGCACAAUCAGACUUUAUGAAACAAACAUUUGCCUUAUGAGAAUAUAAUGCUAUGGCAAGGUGCUUGUAACAUAAUGUUUAGAUUAACCUUCUGACUUCUCAAAGUUUCUCCAAUUUACAAUUAAGUGCCAAUGAGGGAGGAAGAACAAAACCAUCCUUCUGUUGCAUUAAUGAACUUUAUGAUGAAAGUAAAGAUUCUUACUAACACUGCGACUGAGGACUAUGUUUAAAAUUAUUGCACUUUUGGUGAAGUUUGUUUAUGAUACUGUUGAACCAAAAUCUUUCAAACCAAGGAAUAAACAUGAUUUUUGAAACCA